GGGACGCUCGCGGGCAGCAAGGUGCUCAUCUGACGUGCCGACGUCACCGGGUCUAUUUGACAGCACUUCCUGGAUGGGUGUUUGUUGUGGGAAACAGCCCCGGCGUCGCUGAGCUUGAACUGGAGGAUUUAGGCCACUCGGACGGUCGCUUCUCUCCACGGCUUUGAAACAUGCGGUCGCGGCUGCCUCCGACGACCGCUUCCAGAUAAGGACGGGCGGAGACGAGACGCUGGAGAGUCCGAGGAAGGACGUGGUGGAGGGGAGACGAAAUACCCUCUGAGACGCCCGACAGCACGGAGCUGUCGCGAUGCUGUAACUAAGCCAUGGACAGCAGGAUAAAGGAGAACCCAGAAAGAACAUUCGAUCUGGUUUUACAAGUGGCGUGCCCGUCAUCUGAAAAUGAGGAUCCAACCGUGCUGUGGAGUUUCCCCCAGGACCACACAGACCAGGAGGCUCUUCAGACAAUACCAAAGUUCUGCUUUCCCUUUGACGUGGAAAGGGUUUCCCAGAAUCAGGUGGGGCAGAACUUCACCUUUGUUCUCACAGACAUCGACAGCAAGCAGAGGUUUGGUUUCUGUCGACUCACCCAAGGCUGCCGGGUCUGCAUAUGUCUCCUCAGUUAUCUCCCAUGGUUUGAAAUCUACUACAAGCUGCUGAACACACUGGCGGACUACCUAACAAAACAGCAGGAAAACGACUUGAAUGACUUGCUGAAUUCUCUCUAUGAGCUGCCUGUGCCAAAGCCCUUCACGCCAGUCAACCUGAGCGUGAACGAGCGGUUGUGUAUUGCCACUGGGCAAGUACUGAGAGAUCAGCCAAGCAAGGAGCCGCACUCCUACUUCAUCGCCCCGGAUAUCAAUGGACUGCCAACUAUCCCAGAGAGUAGGAACCUGACUGAGUACUUUGUGGCUGUGGACAUCAACAACAUGCUCCAGCUCUACGCCAGUAUGCUGCACGAGCGACGCAUCAUCAUUACCUCAAGGAAGCUUAGCACUUUGACUGCAUGUGUCCACGGCGCAGCGGCUUUGCUCUUUCCGAUGUACUGGCAGCACAUCUUCAUCCCGGUGCUGCCUCCGCAUCUCCUGGACUACUGCUGUGCUCCGAUGCCAUACUUUGUGGGAGUUCACUCUAGUCUGCUUGAGAGGGUGCGCAGCCGGUCGUUGGAGGACGUGGUCAUUCUGAACGUGGACACCAACACCCUGGAGAGCCCCUUUGAUGACCUGCAAAACCUGCCCAGCGACGUGGUGUCCACUCUGAAGAGCAAGCUGAAGAAGCAGUCCACAGCAACAGGAUGUGGAGUAGCGAGGGCCUUCCUGAGAGCGCAGGCCGCUCUAUUCGGAUCUUACAGAGAUGCUCUCAGAUAUAAACCGGGAGAACCAAUCACGUUCUGUGAGGAGAGUUUUGUCAACCAUCGCUCGAGCAUGAUGAAGAACUUUCUGUCCAUGGCCGUCAACCUGCAGCUCUUUAAACAGUUCAUCGACGGACGGCUAGCCAAAUUGAAUGCAGGCCGCGGCUUCACCGACGUGUUUGAAGAAGAGAUCACAGAAGGGGGCUUCUGUGGAAGUAAUUCAAAGUCUUACCAGCAAUGGAAGGACACUGUGAAGAGAGGAGGCGCACUUUUCAACACAGCUGUGUCAAAGGCCAAGGUUCAUGCCAAGCGGGGCAUUCGGGACAUUAAGGGCAGACUCAAAGCAAGGGAAGAAGAAGAAGACGGCAUGGCAGUCCGUCCGGGGUCUCCCACCAGCACCAGGAGCCUGUCUCCAAGGAGACUGCAGAAGAUGAGACGGACGUGUUCUGGCUUUCUUUCAAGAAUUGCUUCCCAACUGGAUCUGUGCUGGCCACAAUUACACAACUUAAACAAGUCUCCCAUGAGCGUGGGCCCUCGAGAUCUUGGCUACGGGCUCGACGACGACGAGUUGGACACUGCGAGCAAGAUCUCCUCAGAAGAUAGCGGCGAGGUCCGUUCAUACACCGAGGACAGCGAUGAUUCUGACUCCUUCUGCCCGGAUGUCGACCCGUCGCCGUCCAGCCAGAUGAACCUGCUGGAGGAGAUCCUGGAUUCUCUGACCACCACAACACUGGAUCAAGGAAAGCUCACUGGUGCCAAGAGCUUGGACUUCUUUAGGUCCAUGGAUGACUUGGACUACAAGGUCCAGUCAAAGCCCACGCCUUGCAGCGAGUCCACGGCUGCCCAGGGGAGCAGCUUUGACGCUGGAGCUGAUCACGGAGGGUGGAACAUGGGCCAGGAUGACAGCGCUGUCCAUGGAAAACACCUCCCACCGUCCCCACGCAGACAACCCAACAAAAGCAGCCUGAAGGGGUCCAGAAACCCCACAGCCUGCCCUGCAGUGACCCUCUGCUCAGCUUCAUCCCCUUCCCCCGAUGCCAACGGCACCAAGUCAGAUCCUCCUGCUCCCUACUUCUCUAAGUCCCUUCCAGACACUCACCUUCUACCAUCGCGACGACAGCCAGGGGACCACCGGUUAUCUUAUUCCCCCUUACAGCCCCACAGAGUCACACCCCCAUCCCCCCGUCUCUCACACAUCCCCACCUCUGCUGCACCUGCCUACCAGCCAAACUCUUCUCCAACACCGACGAACCGCAACCGCACCAUCUCGGACCCUCAGGGCAGCGUCGAGCCUUCCCAAACCGGGACCACCGGCAUCCUGAGGAGAAAGGCGCUGUCCAAAGAAACGGUGAAGAACUACCACGAGAGGUCCGUCAAGAGGCAGUGCAGCAAAGGAAACCACGACCUCCAGACGAGCCCGACGAAGAACAGCCAGGCCGGCGUCCAGGUCCCGUGGGAGAAGGAUGCUCCCAAAGACGGGCUCCUGGGACUCGGCCUGUGUCUGGGUCAGGGUAAAGGCUCGGAGACUGCUGGGGGGCAGGAUCCGGGUCUGCUGGAGGAGAUUGAGUCCAUGUGUUGCCUCAGCUCACCCCUUCACAGCAGCCUGCAUCUCUCUCAAGUCCACUGCAGCAACAGCCAUCAGGUCCAAGGAAAAGCCACGGAGAAGUCCUAAUGGACCCAGAGAACGUUGUCCGUGGACUGACUCAGGUUCUGCUCCUCUAUGUAUAACCAGCCCUGAUUACCCCAACCUGCGAUCAUAAGGGAACAUUAUCAACAAACCUAAUAAGGACCAAAACAGACAAAAAGCCACAGAACAAAGAACGGGAAUGGCUGAAAGGAAGCACUGCAGAGUUCUCCAUCUAUGAAUAAUACCUCAGUCGCCCAGAAACACGGUGGACAGUAAGUAAAAUAAUACAAAAACCAUUUAAUUAUGAUUCAGGUCAAUACAUACCUUUAAAAUACAUUUCAAUAUACAUUUUUUACAU